GUCACCGCACAUGGUUGAACGGUUUUUAAUCACGCCACCGAGUGGCGCAUGCUGGUCAGGGAAGCCCCCUUGGGGUUGGACUCUAGGAGCAUCUACUCCCGUCUAGAACGUUUGGCAGUGGCGAGACCAUUCGAACUGGCGUUUGGGGUUUUGAGUUCGCAGUGCCUUUGGUUCUGCGGAGAAAGCUCUGAGAGCAACCAUUGGCGACAGCGUCAACCCGGAUAUCCUGAUCCCAGGAGCGACUAGGUCUAGCCGGCAUCGGUCGGUACUUCCGAUGUUCUCCUGCAUUGAAUGGAAGAAAGCAUCUGACUGUACAGAAUCAUUAUAAAAAGAACGGGGGCAGGUAGAUCAUCCCCCGCAGAGUAAGCAACAGAAUAAUCAUGCAGAGUGUGAAAAUUCUAUAAGGCCUCGCAACCCACAUCAAUGGACGGAAGUCAUCAGAACCUUCUCCGCGUCUGCCAGAAAAAGCUAGAUGAGGAAUCCUCCCAUGCCGACCGCGACUUGCGUCUCCUGGUUGGCCACACGCGUAUCCUCGAUGCGCUCUUGUCGGUGCCGAUCCCGAUCUCAAGACUUGUGGACCAACAGGAAGAUCCCUCUUCGAUACACCUCAAAGAUGAACUCAAGGCUCCACCAGAUAGUCUUCCAAUAGGCAUUCUUGCUACAGAACGGCUAGAGUAUGAAGUACUGGUGUCCUCUUACGAUUGAACGUUGGCUCCGUUGUAACCCUAAUCCACGGUGCUCGCGAUCCUGUCCUGUUUCAGUUGUGGAAAAAAUUAAUUCUACCUCUACCACUUCUUGAGUGAUUCGUGAGAUCGGCAUUUUGGCCGAUCUAUUAUUUGAGACAAAUGGACAUUAAAAAAAAUAGUAAUAAAGCUACCGAUUGAAAGUAUCCUUCCUCUACAUCUACUCCAGUCUAUGUAAAAGGGGUAUAAGGUUAUCACCCCAAUCCACUUUUUUAGGAGGAAAAUAAGGGAAGGAAGGAAGGAAAAAAAU